AUUAGAGAGACCGGCUGAUAACGCUGUGAGGGUUUCUGUCCUUCUGGCAUUUGCUGAAGAGGUUUUAAGGACAAUGGUGAAGACGCUGAGAAUGAAUAGAAGAUCUAAGAACAAAUGAACUUUCUGAAACCUUGGGAUCCACCAGCGUGAAAACUGCAACACAACACUGGAUUAACCUACUAACAACGAUUCUUUGUUUUGCUUUUUUUUUUUUUACUUUUUACCACAUGAGUUCAGUCAUGUGUUAGCUACCGGAGACAGAUCUUUGAUACUUUCUGUGCAGUCUAAACCUAAGUUUGAGCAUCUGUGCAAAUCUAUUCUUUGUAGGGGAAAAAAAUUACAUAUUUUUUGUUGAGAAUGGCUGGAACGCAUGACUUAACACGUGGAUUGCACUCAGCCCAUCUCAGCCGUACUCUGCCUCUCUGAGAUUGACUUGAACGCCAUUGUUUUAAUCUUCAUCAACAUGGCAUACUUGAUUGGACAAUCAAGCACUGAGCCGUCGGUGACAAUGCUAUCUGCAGCUCCUUCCACCAUGGACACGAUGACCGAAGUCGACAUGAGGCCUCGGGCGAUGGGCGUGAUCCUGAGCAUCGCCUCCUGCCUCAUCAUCUCCACCAACUUAGUGGUGGCGGCCGCUUUACUCAAGCUUCUCCUGAAGAAGAGCAGCCAGAGCUGGUGCUUCGUCCUCAACCUGGCUCUGGCCGACGCUUUGGUGGGUGUGGCAAUCACCGGCCUGGCCGUAGAGGACUUCACCAACCACCCCAUCGCUCCCGAUCUUAACACCAACGCCACGCCUCCAGCCGCUCACGGCAAGUCGCGGUGUUUGAUGCGCAUGGCCUUCGUGAUCUCACCUUGCACAGCUUCCAUCAUGUCCAUGUUCUUGAUCUCGCUUGACCGCUACGCAGCCAUCAAGAUUCCCCUGAGGUACUCCCUGCUGUCUCGGAAAGGGACUGCAUUUGGGUCCUUGCUUGCUCUGUGGAUCAGCGCCGCCACUAUAGGAUUUUUGCCAGUCAUGGUGCGGCAGCUGCAGGCGGACAAACACUACGACGGCUUAUGUGCCUUCUUCUCCGUCAUUCAGGAAGUGGGCAUCAUCAUUUUAUUCAGCGUGUGCUUUUUCCCUCUGCUCUCUGUGUUCAUCUACAUCUACCUGGACAUCCUGAAGAUCGCCUGCGGCCACCAGAAGCAGAUUUCCAGAGUUCGGCAAGUGAGCUGCAGGACCCCCGACAACCACACCCACCAACACUUCCAGAACAAUGGCCAGCAUCAGCAUCUGAGGAGCUGGUACUGGAGUCACGUCAAGGCCCUGAGGACCGUAGCGGUGCUUGUGGGCUGCUUCUUAAUGCUGUGGUGUCCCUUCUUUGUGGUGUGCAUAGUCCAUAUUGUAUGCACAAACUGUGGACUCAAACGCAUACUGGAGAGUUAUCUGUUCCUCCUGGGACUGUGCAACUCACUCAUCAACCCUCUGGUGUACGCUUUCUGGCAAAGAGAGGUGCGGCAGCAGCUAGUCGCUAUGUUUUCCUGCAUUACAGGCAGGUCACCAGCUGCCGGACCACCAGGUGUCAUAGAAAGGUGUGGCCCACUUCCGCCUGUGCAGACUCAAACCUGUGUUUCAGGAGGAGAUAUUCUCAGCCCUACACUGCUGCAGCCGGUUACCCACGAGGCUCAUUUACCACUGUCUGCUACAAGUAGCUUGUAGAGAGCAAAGACUCUUAAAGAGAUCAGAUCGGAAAAUACCAUUAAAGAUGUUUAAAGUGACAUGUGUGUAGCCUACAGAGAUAAAUCAGUCUAGUUCAGUCCAACAUGUUUGGUUUUUCCAAAAAAUGUGAAGCAUUUUCACAUCAAUUACAGUCCACUUACGCACAAACACAAGCAAUCAGGGAAUCACUUUUAAGGACAUGCCAAUCCGACGUCAAAGAAUUCCUGCCUACAAACGCCUGCGUCCAAACCAAAACGUAGCACUCCCGACACAACACAAAGACCACAGCCAACGACCAGCCGGCCUUCGCGUCCCGCUUCUGCGUUAAAGGAAAGAUUUUGCAUUCCAGCAGGUGGCAGUAGCGCUUAUGUGAUCAGCCGGUCAAACUCAUCUAGCUCACUGACUUGUUUCGCUGCAGAGUUCUGACUAGUGCCAAACGGUGCACAAAAACUGGGGCCACAGGCCACAAUGACGUCUGGACACUAGCAAACGGCCAACCGUCGGAUUGGGGUUUCACAACCGUAAGAUUUCAUUUUAAUUUUAUUUAAUUUUAGUGCAGGACAGCUUGCAUUUACACUGUAGCUUUUUAUGUAUUAUAUAUUAGUAAUGGUAUAUCUUUCAGGCAUAGGUCUUGAACAGGGGGUCCGCGGAGGUUUUGGUUGAUUAGACAUUUUUCAUAUACUUUUCUUUAAAUUUCUCCUCACAAAUUUACAUUUCUUUAAAAUAUACAUUAACAUGAAUCCAACAUAUUUUAGUAAAGGCAUAAGGAAUAGCUUAAUAUUGAAUGCAAAAUGAUAAUAAUCAUGUAUAUUUAUAUACAGCACUUGGCCGAGUUUAAAAUCCACAGUGCAAAGGCCCAGAGUAUUCAAAAAACGCAAGAGUAACGAGACAGAUUCCACCAUGAACAGAUUAUAAAAAUGGAUUGUGUUCCCUGCGCUGACUAACAGUAGCAAGAGGAAGGAUUCUCAUGAAAGAGACAAACACUGCAGUAUAAUUUAGUUCCUCUUGAAACCAGAGGUCACUGGUAACAAGGGGCAGGAAGUUCAGCGGCCCAGUUUCACAGACUAUGACAUGCCCUUCUCUAUAAUUACUCAGGGCCUUCGGGACUGCCCCAGUGUGGAAUCCCUGACUUUUUGAGCCCCUUAUGCUCAUUUACUGUAAGUCUCUCAGAGAGCUGUCUGUCUGUGUGCAGUGAAAAGUGAACUGUGAUUUAAAAUUAAUCUUUGUCAAAUAAUAUCUGCAAACAAAUCGGUUGUUUUGACUUGUGUACGGUUUGCCGUGAUUGAUUGAGUACUACACUUUUUCCAGUCCAAGCACUGUGUUAAGACUUGGCCACUUAGAAGUGGUUUAUCAAGUCUGGAGGAUAUUUCUUUCCCUUUUUUUGUUUUUUUUGUUUAUGACUCUUUUGUGCCGAGUAAACUGAAGCAGAACAAAUCACAAAUAACUGCAGCAGAGAUAGCGAGACAGGUUGGAACCAAUGACAUUAAACAUCAACUUUGUUUUGUCCUGCUUUAUUACACGCAUGCAAUUCAGACUAAUGGCUCACAGAUAGCAGAGGACACGGCUGUUUAUCUGUGUCGUAUGUAAUGUUUCAUACCUGGAUAGUUAUCCAGUCAUGGAAACUUCCCUCGAAUCUCGAUGACUGCCAUCUGCUUUGCGUGACAGCAGUCUGGAACAACAGGGCAGACUUGCUGGUGUCGGGAGGCAGGGAGCCUCGAGUCGUUUGCUCACGACCGACAGACUGCAGACGAGGGUACACGAAGUCCACUCUGCUCGCCUGGAAAUAGAGCUAAUUUACCUCCGGUUGUUUCCUCGUGCGCCGUGUCGCGCUGCUACAUUGUACUGUAUAGACGUUCAGCAGAACGCACAGCGUGUUCAUUCGCUUCACUUUACUUGUGUGCGCAAUCAAAAAAGCCCGUGGUGAUGGGAACAGCACACACUGGAGGGGUCGUUCAGGUGUGUAUGAGGCGUAUUUCCUGUGGUAGAUGAAGGUCGCUGUAUAUUAUAUUGUGUAUUAGCAAAGUGAUGCUGAAAAACUACUUUUCACAUUUGUUUCUGUAAUGCUGGAUUGUUGUGCUCGUUAUUAUUAUUAUCACAUUUGUCCGAAUGUCUCAAUGCUGCAGCGAGAGAGAUUAACACUGUUUAUUGGCUCCCUGUUAAUCCUUUCGUACAAGACCCUCAAACAUCACACUGCGUCAUCUCAAAGGCUCAGUCACUUCUGUUAAGGCUGGGAUCAUAACUUUCCUUCAUAAUAAAGCAUGUUGUUAAUGCUG